AUUCAUUCAAUGACUGAAAUCUUAUAGUUUUAGGGUUUAUAAAUAGGACCCUUAGUUCUCAAUUAAAUGCACAAUUUUAAAGUUAUCAAACACAUACAGUUGUGAGUUCCUACAUUCAGGUAUUCAUCUAGCAGAUAGAUAUGGCAUACAACUCUGCAAGCGCAUUGGAUGAAGCUACACUCAAUGAAAAGAGAAAUAUGGCUAUCCAAUGCUUGGCACAUUUGGCUGAACUUUCGACACCAACAAACUUGUUUGUCGAACAAAUGAGCUUAGUAGGAGAUGAGGGCCAACCAGCUGAAUCUGGUCCUGGUAUUUCAAGGCUCCUGGUUAAGUAUUCUAUGAACUAUAAGAAAAGUGGGUUACUCAAACGGUUGAUGUUCUAUCAAAACGGUGAGUGGUCAGACUAUCCUCAACAUGUUGUCGAAUUGGUUAAGAAGGAUUUUGAAACCAAGAAGGCAACCGCGGAGGUAGAGUUGGACGGUGAGAAUCUUGUGAUGUACUUUUUUCAUAUGUGUAAUAUGAAUUUGAAGACGGGUUUGCGACAACCCAUUGCUUGGAUUGAUGAGGCUGGGAGUUUUUUUUUCCCUGAACUUUUCGCUAGUGUUGACGAAGAAUCUAAUAACAUAGGCGAACAAGAGGUUGUGGAAAGUCAUGGUAUGAAAGAGUCACAGGAGCAUAGUGGAAAGUCUAAUGCUUUAGCUAUGGAUGUAGAUGCUGAUGGUCGUGAUACCGCUAACAAAAUGGAAAAUGAAAACAUUGGGGAAUCUCCAAACCAAGACAGAGAAAUAGAUUUAAAUGCUUAUACUGAACCAGGAUAUGGAGAGCUGGAUGUAGAUUAUGUACGUAAUCUAUUUCUCACAGGAAUGACUACUUUCGGCGUUAAUGAUGAUGACAUCGUCGAUAUUUACUGUAACUCAAGCAUCUCAAUGCAAGCGCGACUGGAGUUAUUCCAGAAGCAAGCUGAUAUCACUAAAGGAAUUCACGGGGAUGCUAAUGUUCGAUACGGUUGGCUUGCAUGUUCUAAAGAGGAACUGUCUACAAUAAUGCAAAAUGGGCUUGACCACAAUGCACUUUCUUCGUCUAAGUGCAUAUACGGAUUUGGUAUUCAUCUUGCUGCUAUUACCCACCCUUAUGCUUGUGUCCCUUAUUGUGAUGCUGACGAAAACGGGGUUAAGCAUUUGAUCCUUUGUCGUGUGAUAAUGGGGAACAUGGAGCUUCUUCGUCGUGGAAAUAAUAAAAUUCGUUCUAGUGGUUGCGAAUAUGAUAAUGGGGUUGAUGACAUUGAACAUCCAAAAUACUACGUGGUUUGGAGUAAUAAUAUGAACACUCAUAUUUAUCAAGAAUUUGUUGUCAGCUUCAAGGCUUCAUUGGAUGCUGAAGGAAAUGAACGAUCAAAUGAGAUUAUGAAUGUUGUUUCUGGGAAUAACUCUUCUAUAUCGGAUACUCUUUCUAUGUAA